AUGUCAAGUCCAGCGCCGCCAAAACCUACCAAGAUCCGUCAAGCAUGCGAUGUCUGCCAUAAGAAAAAGAUCCGCUGCGAUGGCUGUAGGCCGUGUCACAAUUGUCAAAGCUUGGAUAGAAGCUGUACCUAUCUGGCUGUGCCUAAGAAGACGGGACCUAAGGGACCACGAUAUGCGCGGAGGUCCAAGCAGCGACCGGCGACAACAUUUCAGUCUUCUACCAGCCCUGAGGUCGACAAGCCCAGCAUCAAUUCUAACAACACGGCAUCUCCACCAUGUCCUAAACAGUUCUCGGAGUCGCCACAAAUGACAGACACAGUUAUUCGAUGGUGUCUCGACGCGUACUUCAAGCAUAAAUACCCACUGACUCCAAUUCUCCAUCGCCCUUAUCUCGAACAAACACCAAGAUCAGCCGAGCAAUAUGGCUUGAUCACGGCUUGCUGUGCUGUUAUCGCACUGUCACCAGAAAUACUACCACCCUGCCCUGUCGAGGACAAUUUCACGAUCCCAUCAACGGACUUUUUGAUAGCGGAGACUCUUCGCGCAAGAGAGUUUUGCAAUCUGAUCGAAUAUCCGUCUUUAAUGCACAUUCAGACAUCAUUCUUUCUCCAUGCUGCGUUCUUUUCAAUGAACAAGGAUAAUUCGGCAUGGUAUUACUUGCAGGAAGCCAUCACUAUGCUUCAAACAUUACGCUUGCAUGAGGAGGCCACCUACACUAAUGAUGAUGCCAGCGACCCGGUGUUUGUCAAGUACGCUCAACGAAUGUUUUGGGUACUCUUCAUCACCGAGAGAGCAUAUGCAUUGCAAAGGAACCGACCGAUCAGAUUACAAGACACAUUAAAACUGCCAGACGUCGACCCACUAUCUUCCGACGCAGAGAUCCUACGCGGCUUUCUUGAUCUUAUCUCGCUAUUCCGCCCUUUCGGCCAAGACUUCAUCUCACAGUGGAACUCCCCAACAUCAUCCACUUCGACAGAUUUCGCAAACCUGUUUCGAUUGCAGUAUCUUCUCAAACAUUCACUUCCGAACCUUUCAAAUCACUCUCAAGUCCAACAAGCAGAUCUUCUCAUAUCCCGUCAAUGGCUCAAGAUCGUCGUCUGGAAGCUUUGCGCCUCGAAAAGAGUCCUCUCCACCGCAAAUAGCGAGGAUGUCAUGUCGUUGCAUUACCCGGCUAGUAUAGCACGCGAUAUCGUAAUGGUUUCGCAGUUGUUGCCGACCCAGGCUUUCGAGGCCAAUGGUAUAGGGAUUGUGGAAAAGGUCUUUGAUGUUGGCUGCUCGUUGGCGGAUCUACUGUCGUUAGUACCGCUAGAAUGUCAAGGCUCGACUAUGGAUGUUGGGGUUAUUGAUACACUGAUGGAGACAGUGAAAAUUGUCGGGACGAGGUUCGGUGGCAGUUAUCGACAUUUGGACAUAUUGGUUGACAAGGCGAGCGGGUGCCUUCUUAUGAACGUGGAUCGAAGUCUUGCUCCACCAGAACAGGACAAUCCGGACAAAAUCGACGAGAUAUAA